AACACUUGAACCUUAUCACGCGGCGAAACGAACUCUCUCUCCUUGGCCACCGCGACGCGCCAUCACAUAACUUCUUCUCAUUCUUCAUUCACUAUUUCUUUCUCUUCUUCUGUUUGUUUCUCUUUCAAUCUCAAACACACACUCUUUCUCUCUCUCUAUAAAUCUUCUUUUUCUAUGUCAAUUUUGUCAACAAAAAAUCAGCAUAAAGGGCCACAAAAUCCGUUUUUCUUAUCUUCCAAUUAAUAGAGUAACUGAUUAAGCGCUUCCUCUUCAACAACAAAAAACAUACACCAAAAAGGAGUUACAUUUUCUUCUCUUCUUCUUCUCCUUCAACUUCAAUUUGGGUCAUCAAAGAAUCCUCCACCUUUCUUAUAUUGAAGCAUUUUAAAGACCCAGAACGGUCAAUUAUUUCCUUGCAUUUCCUACCUUAAAAUAUUGAGUAGGUGCACUUUGUCCAUUUGCUUCUUUCUCUCUUUAGCAAUUAUUAUUACCAUCCCCUCUUACCCCCACUCCUUUUUUUUUUCCCCAUUUGCAAUUUUAAUUAACCUUCUUCUUGAUACCCCCACCCCAUCAAAUCCAUGAUGAAAUGUUUCGAAUCUCUUCCCAUAAGGAAAGUAGCAAAGUUCUUCCCCCAAAAAAUAAAAUCUUAGAUUGAUAAAACCACAUCGUAUCCUACUUACCCUUAUUUAAAAAAAUGAUCUUUAGUCCCUUAUAUGACACGCUCUACAUAAUGAGAGAGACAUGAGAGCUUCCUAUAUAUCCAAAAGAGAAAAGCAUUAAAACCCAUUUGCUCAAUCACUCUCUUGUGGGGUUUUGAGAAAUUUUCCAUCACUUUCUCGGGAAAAUCUCUGAGAAACGACAAUGCCCUCUUCCACCACUUCCUCUUCCUCCUUCACAACCUCUUUAUUCACGUGUUGCUCCGCAAGUUCUCCUUCGAACCUGGAACGCUUUCUUCAAUGUGUCACUCCUGAUGUUCCUUCUCAGACUCUACCUAAGAGCUGCUUUAAUGAUCUAAAUCCCCUCUGGCAGCCUCUUGGUAAGGACACAGUUGAAUACUUCACUCUCCAAGAUCUUUGGGACUGCUAUUAUGAAUGGAGCGCAUAUGGUGCCGGUACUCCUGUGAUGUUGGAGGAUGGUGAUACCGUGACUCAGUACUAUGUUCCUUAUCUAUCUGCUAUCCAAAUCUACACCAGCAAAUCUGUUGCAGCUUCUCGCAAUCGGAGAGAGGAUAGUGAUGGAAUUGAAUUUGAAAGUGAUUCAUGGAGUGAGGAUAGUGGAAGUGAUAACCUAUCUAGAUCAUUAAGUAACAAUUCCAGCAAAGCUUGGGAGGAUGCUGUUUCUGAGGAUUCAAGCUGUGACCAGGAGGGUUCAUGGCUAAGGGAUAACAAGCUUGGCUACCUUUACUUACAGUAUACUGAGAUGGCUUCUCCUUACUCAAGGGUUCCACUAGCAGAGAAGAUAGACAAGUUAGCUCAAAGCCACCCGGCAUUAUUGACAUUGAAGAGUGUGGAUCUCUCCCCAGCAAGUUGGAUGGCUGUUUCUUGGUACCCAAUUUAUACGGUCCCAUGCAGGAACACUGAAAAGGAUUUGGAAGCAUGCUUCCUCACUUACCAUACAUUGUCAUCAUCUUUUGAAGAUUGUGCUAUGGAGUGUGAUGACAUAGACAUAGGGAAUGAUCUACAUUGCUCCAUCCAAGGAGAGAAAUGCAAGGAAAAGAACAGUGGCCAUGUGUCGCUUCUUCCAUUUGGGCUUGCAACUUACAAAAUGCAAGGAGACAUUUGGCUAAACCCUGAGCCUUAUGACAAUGAAAAGAUAUCCUAUCUAUACAGUGCAGCAGACUCAUGGUUGAAACAGCUCAAUGUCCAUCACCAUGACUUCAACUUCUUCACAUUACACAACAACACCUUGUAAAUUGGCUGAGUUCAGACAUCACCAUCUCCAUCCUUCACUGACUGCCCCUUUGUUUAGCUUUGAACUCUGACACCGGCUAAGGAAAAAAGGUUCCCCUUUGAGAAAUUCUGGACACAUUCAGAAACUCAGGAGUUAUAUCUCAGAAGAGAGUGUAUAACCCCAUGCAAUGUAAAGUUUUGUUAAUGGGGGGUGAGUUUUUUUUACCUACCAUUUUUUAUUAGUACUUUUUUUAGUAAGAUUAUAACAGUUUGCUCUAGGUAACUAAACUAUGAUAUAUAUGUUUUGUACUAUAGACCUUUUUUUUUCUUUCCCAAACUUGUCUUCAAGUUGAAUUUUGUAUAUUUGGUACUUUUUAAUCUUAUGGGCAGAAGCUAUUAGUGUCGUUUUGGAUAA